UUGGUCCGUAGCAGCUCCUCGGUCACUCUGGAGACCCUGUCAGACCCAAGGAGAAAAAUCCGAAAGGUCAUUAUGACGACCAUGGGCCCGGCUGCUGACGGGAAGCUGACGGGACUUGUUGCUGCCACUUUCACCCCCCUCACCCAACAUGAUGAAAUCAACCUAUCAGUGAUCGGACCUUAUGUCGACUACCUGGCAGAGAAGCAAGGCAUAAAGAACAUAUUUGUGAACGGCACCACAGGGGAGAGCAUGUCCCUCACCCUCUCCGAGAGGAAGGACCUGGCCGAGGAGUGGUGUAAGAGAGCCAAGGGGAAGAUGGAUCAGGUGAUUGUCCACGUGGGCUGUUUGAGUCUCAAAGAUUCCCAAGAGCUGGCGCGGCACGCUGCUCGUGUGGGGGCGCACGCUGUGGCCGUCAUCGCCCCGUCUUUCUUCAAGCCCAAAACCGCAGAUGCUCUGAGGGCGUUUCUGACCCAGGUGGCCUCGGCUGCCCCCGCUCUGCCCUUCUACUACUACCACAUCCCGGCCAUCACCGGAGUAAACGUGAGUGCCAGGGAUGUGAUCGAGGGCAUCGAGAGUCUGAUCCCCAGCUUCAGGGGAGUGAAGUUCAGUGGGAGUGACCUCGUGGACUUCGGACAGUGUGUCAGUCACAGACCUCAGUGGUCUUUCCUCUACGGCCUGGAUGAGCAAUUCUUAGGAGCCUUGGCUAUGGGAGCCCAUGGAGCAGUUGGCAGCACAUAUAACUACUUAGGAUGCGAUGUCCAGCAGCUUAUGUCAGCUUUUGAGAAGGGGGACAUUGUCCAGGCCAGGAAAAUACAGUUCAAGAUCCAGGAGCUUGUGACUUAUGCCAUAAAACUGGGCUUCGAUGUGGGCGUGAACAAGCAGCUCAUGAUAGAAAUAUGA